AUGAAAAUUGAUGUUAAGGAAAGCUUAAUAUUUUGGAAUUAUAUAAAUGUAAGUAACAAUAUUAGUAAGAGUGAUGAAAAAAAAUAUGCAGCUUUAGAAUUUUUUAAAAAUAACACAGAAGGAAAAACUAAGAAUCAUAUUAAAACAUAUUUUUUUAAAUUAUUGAAUGAAAAUUUACAAAAAAGUAAUUCUUAUUAUUUAGUGGAAAAUGGUUCUUUAAAUAACGAACAUUUAGUUUUACAAGUUAUUAUUAAGCUAUUUGUUAACAUCCUUUUAAACGUUGAAAAAUAUAUAAAUUUUUUAUAUUGUAUUAAGAUAAUAAAUUUUUUUUGUAAUUUCUACAAUUUCAAUUUUUCCAUUUAUGAUGACAUAAUUAAAAAAAUUAAUAUUAUAAAAAGUGUUUUAUAUUUUAAGUAUAUAAAAAAAAUAGGGAAUAAUAAUAUUCAAUUAAAAUACAAUAACAUAAAUGUGGAAAAAAUAAAAAAUAAAAAUAAUAAAAAUAUAGAUAUUUUAAUAUUGUAUUCCUUUAAAGAAUGUAAAAUUUCAAGAAUUAAAAAUACACAUUUUUAUAAAGAAGAAAAUAAUGUAAAAAAUGAUAACAAUUUCUCCACAAAAUAUAAUAAUUUAAAAUUCAAGAUAUUACAUAAUACUAGUAAAAUAUGUAAAGUUUUAAAUAUUCUCAUUAGAAAAAAUAUAUAUAUAUUUUAUAAAAAAGGAAAUUUUUUUUGUAUAGAAGAAAAUUUAUUAGUUAAAAGGAGAUUAUAUAUGGUAAACGUAUUUAAAGUUAUUUUUUUUUUAAAUGUGAUUAAUUUUUAUGUGCAUAUUAAAAAAAAAUUCUUUUUUUAUUAUUAUAUGCAUUAUUACUAUAAAAUAAAUGAUUUGACUCAUUUAUUUUUUGUAUUAAUUAAAAAAUAUUCAAUUGAUUUUAAAUUUUAUAGCUUUUACAAAAAUUAUUUAAAAAAAAUACAUAAAAAAUAUUACAAAUUUUAUUUUUAUCAGAAAUAUUGGAUUGAUAAUAAACCCAAGAAAAAGAAAAAAGAAUUUCAUUUUGAAUCAAUUUUAAAAAAAAAAAAAAAAAAGAGUAUAUAUGACCAAGAAAUUUUUCAUCAUUUUGCAAAAUUAUCUUUAGAGAGUGUUAUAAAUAUAGUAAAACAUUUUAUAACUAAAAAAAAUAAAAAAAAAAAAAACAAAAAUGAUAAGCAUGAAAAAAAAAUUAAAAAUAAAGAGUUUUUAAUAAAGAACAAAAUUAUUAAAAAUGGUUAUAUUGAUAAAGUAGGUGAAGGUAACAUGAAUAAUAAAAACAGAGAAUAUGAUAAAAAACAUAAAUAUUGUAUAAAUAUUGAGAACAAUGAAACUAACAAGAGUGAUAUGGAAGAUCAAAAUGGAGAUACCAAUAAAGAACAUAAAUAUUAUAUAGAAGGAAAAAACAAUAAUAAUAAUAAUUAUUGUGGUAAUAAUGAUAGUAAUAAUAAUAAUAAUAAUAAUAAUAAUAAUAAUAAUAAUAAUAAUAAUAAUAAUAAUAAUAAUAAUAAUAAUAAUAAUAAUGAUAAUAAUAAUAACGAUGAUGAUGAUGAUGAUAAUAAUAAUAAUAAUGAUAAUAAUAACAUUACAAAUAAUAUUAAUGAUAAAAAUAAUAUAAGUAAUUAUAGUAAUGACGAUGAAAAAUGCAAAAAUAAUGGAGAUUCUGAUAAAAAAAAAAAAAAAUUUAAAAUGAUGAAUAAUUUAUUAAAAAACCUUUCCUUAAUGUCAUUUAAUACAGGUUUAUUAGAAUAUAAAAUAUUUGGGAUAUGCAUAUAUCAAAAUCCUCCAUUUAUUUCUAACAGGCUUUUACAUAUUCCAUUUGCUUUAAAGAAAACUAAUGCAGAUAUAAUAGCUUUACAAGAGGUAUAUGAUGAAAAACACGUAGAAUAUCUUAAAAAUAAUUUAAAACCUAAUUAUCCAUUUUGUGCAAGAGAUAAUUAUUGUAGUGAUAUAUUUAAAGUAAAAUUUAAUAAUAAUGAAAAUUGUAAUAAUAUAAACAGAAAGAAUAAUAAAAAAGAACAUAACUACAAAAAAAAAAAAUAUUUUGCUUUACACCAUGGUUUAUUAGUUUUUAGUAAAUAUCCAAUUAUUUAUUCUUACUUUCAUAGUUUUGAACAUGUGACUUAUUUAGAAAAUUUAUUUGGGACUAAAGGUUUUUUAGAAGUAAUAAUUGAUGUUCCCUUUUUUAGUUAUGUUACUUUAGUUAAUAUGCAUUUAGCUAGUGGUGCAGCAGAUACUGAAUCUAAAUAUAUUGAAAAAGUAAGAGAUUUUGAAAUAAAACAAAUUAUGAAAAUAGCUAGAAAUGCCGAAAAAAGAAAUACAAUUCCAAUAAUUAUUGGAGAUUUAAAUGCAGCACCAAAUUUGUGCCCAAAUAAUUAUUCUUCUUUUAUUAAUAGAGGAUGGAAAGAUGCAUGGUUAUAUGCAAGAAAUGUUAAAAAAAAGAAAACAAAACAAUUGAUAGAACAAACUUUAUCAUCACAAUUGCAAAGGCAAAAUAGAGGAUGCAUUUCUCCCAAUAUUUAUAAUUCAUAUAGUGAAUUAUUUUCCAAUGAUAAUAAAGAUUCACAUUAUAAUUUUUUCAUAAAAACUGAUAAUCAUAUUGAUUCUCAGAAUAAAAAAAGUAUCUACCAUGAAAUGUUAAUGAAAGAUAGCAAAGAUAGCAAAGAUAGCAAAACAGAUGAGGGUGCUAACAAUAACUGUUUCUAUUUUUCCUCCCAAGGUAAAAGAAAUAGUAAUAAUAAAAAUAGUAGUGGGGUUUUUUAUACAAGUUCAAGUAAAAUUUUAUGUGAUCAUUGUAAAAAUUCCGAAUGCUAUCUUAAAAAUAAACAACAUAUGAAAACUGAUAAAUAUAUUUUUGAAAAAAGUAAUUUUUAUUGCCCUUCUAAUUUCAUGUACACAAAAAAGGAUAUAGAAACUAAUAAUGCAGAAACUUAUACAAAUAAAUCAAACACUGUUUGUAAUAAUGAAGAAAUAAAUCACAUAAGGAAAAAUAGAAAUUUCUUAUACAAUAAAAGGUAUAAUAGUAGUUACUCUAUAUUUUAUUAUAAAAAAUUGAAGCAUUGUAAAAACGAUUCUUCUUCGUUAAAUAUGAAGUUAUAUUUUAAUAAAAAAAUAACAACAAAAAAAAUGUUAAGGAAAAAAAAAAUUUCCUUUUACUAUUUUAGUAACAAAAAAAUAAUUUUAAAGAAUAAGAAUAUUACAAAUCUAAAGAAAAAUCACAAAAAAUAUAAUAGUGAAAGUUAUGAAAAUAAUAAAAGUUACUAUAUAAAUAACGAAAAUAUCUUAUUUAAAGAAAAUAAUUAUAGUAACUCUUCCAGUAUUUUCCAUUAUGAUUUUUCUAAGAAUAAUAAUGCUUCCAGUUGCUUCAUUUCAGAUAAUACAAAUAAUGUAAAUAAAAAAAAUAAAUACCUAAUUGUAAAAUCAAAAAGAAAACAAAAUUAUUUCUUUAAUUACAUAAUCAAUAAAAAUAACUCUACUGAUAUAAACAGUUAUCAUAAUUUGGGUAAUAUAUAUAAUUAUAACAAGACAAAUGAUCAUAGAAAUAUAAUAAAUGAAGAAAGUCUUAAUUCCUCAAUUAUUAACCCAGAGAAUCAAAAUAUCCUAAUACAAAAUAAAUUAGAAAGUUGUUCUACAUGUGAUGUUAUGAAAUAUGAGGAUAGAUUUAAGAAAAAUGGUAUUUACACUAAACUUAAUUUGUUCAAUAAGGAAAAGCAAAUUUCAAAUGAUAUGAAUAAUUACAAAAAUUUAGAAAAUUACAUGAAAGAUAAUGUUUUAAAAAGCAUUCAGGAAAAUGAUAACGAUAAUAAUUUAUAUUCAAGUGAUAUGUCAAGUGAGAGUAAUCAUUCUUAUACUGAUUUGUAUGACGAUGAUGAAAUUGAUGUAAGUGAUAGGAGUUCACGUACUUCAAAUAAUACAAAUAGCAAAACAUAUUAUGAGACAGAAUUAGAAAAAGAAGAAACUUAUAAGAAUAAAGACAAUGAUCAUAUAAAAAAUAAAAAUAAGAGUAAUGAUACAUUACACAGUAAAAUAUAUAUUAAAAAUGAAGUUAAAAAGAAUUUAAGUUGUAACUUAAAAGAUGAUAUGAUAUUUAUUGAAACAAAUAGAAAGAACAAUAAUGAAUUUAUAGAAAAUUCUGAUUAUAAUAAUGUUACAAACAUACAUAUUGCUAAAAGCAAUAUUAUUACUAGUAACUCUUUAAAGUUACAAAAAAGUAUGAGUUAUUGUAAAAUGUUUUUAUGCAAUGAUGAUCAAAAAGAAUUGAAUAAUACGAAUAUAAAUUAUGAGUAUGCAAAAGAAGUAAAAAAAAAAAAAAGGUUUUUCAAUUUAUUUUUAUUAAAACUUGUAAAAAAGAAAACAGAAAAAAGAGAAAUUAAUUUAACCAAUGAGAUAGAAGACAACAAAAAAGAUGCAUUUGUUAAUUUAGAUAAUAAUAAAAAAAAUAUAAUGAAUAAAUUAUCAAAAAAAAUAAAACAAAUGAAAAAAAAAUUUUUAUAUAAUAUUUUGAGAAAUUAUGAACAGUAUGAUAAUAAAAAUGAAAAAAUAUUAGAAAUUAAGGAUGAACAAAAAUAUAGUGAAAGAAAAAAUGAAGAUAAAGAAUCAUAUACUACUAAUGAAAGAAAAUAUAAUAGUUUUCUAGAAGAUACGAAAGAAAAUAAAAAUACUAUUUUUCAAGAAAUUAAUUAUUCAAAUAAAUUAAGUAAUGAUGAUUAUAAUAAAAUUUUAAAUAAUAAUUUAAAAGAAUAUAACAGAAAAAAUUCUAAUCAAGAAGAAUUUUGGGAUGUUAAAAAGGGGUGUGAUCAUAAGAAUCAAGAGGUAUUUAAAAAAUCUUUCACUGAAUCCAUUAAAAAUUCGAAGUAUAAAACAAAAAAUACACAAAAAAAAGAAUUUCAUAUUGGUAAAAAUAUUUAUAAAAAUGGAUUGAGUGAAGAAUGUGAUUUUAUGUUAAAAAAAGAGGAAAGUAACCUUAAUAUAGAAAAUGAUUUUAUGAAAGAAGACAUUUAUAUUGAGUCAAAAAAUAGUAAAGUAAAAGAAGGUUUUUUUAGAAAAAGUGAAUAUUUUUCAAUGAAGAAAAAAGAAAAAAAAAGAAGAUAUAUAUUUAGAAAAAAAGAAAAAGUAGAUGAGGACUUUCUUAAAGAAAAUAAAAAGAAAGAAAAAAAUAUAGAAGAAACAAGUAACAAAAAAAAUAAAAGAAAAGAGAGUAAUUCUUAUAAAGAAAAAAAAUGCAGCAUUUUAAAAAGAGGAAUAUACCGAAAUAGCUUUUAUAAAAAUAAAAAUUUCAUAAAUAGUAAAAGUUUAUAUAUGCAAAAAGAAGAAAAAACUUCUAGUGAUGAAUUUACAUGGGAUCCUUUAAAUCCCCUCAAUGUAAUUGGGCCCCAUUCUAGAUGCAACGGUUUAAGAUGCGAUUAUAUAUUUUUCCCACCUAUUAAUUAUAAAAAAGUAAAAAGUAAUAAACACAGUAAAGAAAAUAUUGAAUAUGAAGAAAAUAUUAAAAAUAGACAAAAUGAUGAAAAUAAAGUAAAAAAGGAAGAUAUAUUAACUCAUGGAUCUAUUAGUAAUAGUGAUGAUGAUAAAGAAUGUUCUGGCUGUUUGAACAAAUCACUUAAUAAUAAGGUAAGUAUUGAUGAAUCACUUAAUUUUAAAGAUUAUAGUGACCUAAAAAUUUUAAAAUAUUAUUAUAUUAAAAGUGCAAAAAUAUUAUUUAAUGAACCGCUAGUAAUGGUUGAUUCCUAUAAAAAUUUAAAAAAUUUUAAUUGUUGUUAUUCCUUGUGCAUGAAAAUAAAUAAUGUUAAUUUUGUUACUAUGUCAGAUCAUUAUGCUAUUAAAAUUGAUUUAAGACUAAAAAAACACUUUAAUUCUGAAAAAUAA